CUUCGCUCCUAACCACCAGGGUUCUCAGGGUGACCCUGGAGUGCCUGGUCAGGCAGGGCAGGGGGGCUUGGCUGGGCUUCCUGGGCCCAUGGGACCGAUUGGGCCUCCAGGACCACCCGGACCUUCCUACCCCGUGCGUUAUGGUGACAAGGAGGGUUCCGGAGUGACGGGGGUCAAUGGUGUUGCUGGAGUGAUAGGGAUUCCAGGACCACAGGGUCCGCCCGGAAUCGCUGGCCUUCCGGGAAGAUCUGGUUUGCCUGGGCUUUCGGGAGAGAAGGGGAGCGAGGGAGCAAGAGGACAGAAUGGAACACCAGGGAUGGACGGAUUCCCGGGAAUAUUGGGAGACAAAGGGGCGAGGGGAGACAGAGGGGAAAGGGUCCAGCUGGAUUAG